UGAUGUGCGGAGAGGCGGCAGCGAGGUGACGCUUUGACCCGCAAGUGCGUAAGGUGACCUGGUGACGGCCGGGCGGCGGCGGCGACCCCUGACGUCUGCACUGCCCAUCUCAUGUGGAGCGAGCGCGGGGAAGGCGGACCGCUUCGGCCAUGCGCCGCCGGCACAUAAGAGCAGCCCUUUCGCUCGCUCUCGCGCUUGAUAUCCCCUACCACAGCCAACACCACACACACACAUCAUCAUGAGCAAGGUCUUCUUCAUCACUGGCUGCUCGAGCGGCUUUGGCAACGAGUACGUGCAGAUUGCGCUCGAGGCGGGACACAAGGUUGCCGCGGCCGGCCGCAGUGGCUCCAAGCUGUCCUUCUCCAGCGCGACAAAGGACAACUUCCUCGGCGUCGACCUCGACGUCACGUCCGCCUCGUCGGUGCACGCGGCCUUCGAGCAGGCGCACAAGCACUUUGGCCGCAUCGACGUGCUGUGCAACAACGCCGGCUACGGCCUGGCGGGCGAGUUUGAGAGCCUCACCGAGGCGCAGUACCGCAAGCAGUUCGACGUCAAUGUGUUUGGCCUCUUUGAGUGCACGCGCGCGGCGCUGGCCAUCAUGCGCGAGCAGGGCGGAGGCGUGAUUCAGCAGAUCACCAGCAUCGGCGGGCAGAUUGGCGUGCCGCUGUACAGCACGUACUGCGCCUCCAAGUGGGCCGUCGAGGGCUUCACCGAGACGCUGAGCAAGGAGGUGAAGCCCGAGUGGGGCAUCAAGUUCACGUGCAUCGAGCCGGGAGGCUUCCGCACCGAGUGGGCAGGCGGCAACAUGAUCUUCAACAAGCCCGAGAACAAGUGCAAGGCGUACGACCACCUCGACGCCGAGGCCAACGCCAAGAAGCGGCACGGCACGCAGGUGGGCGACCCGCGUCGCGGAGCUCAGGCCAUGUUCGACCUUGCCUUGCAGGCGGAGCCGCCGCUGCGCAUCGUGCUGGGCAGCGAUGCGUUUGCCGCCAUCGAGGGCAAGCUCAAGACGUAUGGCGAGAACGUGGAGAAGGGCAAGAAGAUUUCGCUCAGCACGGACGUGGACGAGGACAAGAAGGUCAAGGCUUGAAGCGUUCCACGCGCGCGGCCCACGUCCUCCGCCGACUCGAUAUCCUUCCUCGCCGCAGCGCUUGCGAAUCACAUUGCAUUGCGUGUGUCAUGCUCGAGUCCAGACUGUCCGGCCGUCAAUGAUGGUAGCAAGCACCUGUGUCUCUCGC